CCUUAAACCAUUCCCCGAUUUGUUUUUCACAGGAUCAAUUUUGCGGAAAAUGCCCUUCUUUGAUGGCACAAUUAAUAAUUAAUGCCCGUAUGGUUUCACUCUGUAGCCAGGAAUUGAGUACUAAACCUGACAUUUGAAUCCGUAUGUACUGGAGGUGGAAGGCGUCUAUGCAAAGGAUCGUGCCUAAAAGACUACAACCAGGGAAACACUUUUUCCGUAUUGGGGAUGAAGAUGGCUGACAGUGGAUCCGUCCCAGCGAAAAGAUGCGAUUCUGGCAAUCUUUCCUCUGUAAGUAUGGACACUAUUUCAGCGCUGACCGAGUUGGACGACCUGGAGAGAGUUUAUCAGCAACUCUGUGUAGAAGAGAAAGCAGUGGAGGUUGAACUUGACCGGCUGGUGGCACAGGAGGGAACCAUUCACACAAAGAUGUUGGCACUCCAAAGGAUGGGGCCCAACCUCCAGUUGAUCGGUGGAGAUGCCAGCCAGCUGUCUGGCAUGAUCACAUUCACCUGCAGCCUAGCAGAGAAUGUCAGCCGCAAAGUCCGACAGCUAGACUUGGCAAAGACACGGCUGUACAACGUCAUCCAGCGUGCCGAUGACAUCCUAGAUUUGAAGUUCUGCACCGACGGCGUCCAAACAGCUCUGCGGAAUGAAGAUUACGAACAGGCUGCUGCCCAUAUCCAUAGAUACCUUUCCCUGGAUCAGUCGGUCAUUGAGCUCAGCCGACAGGGAGAUGAAAGUAGCACGGCGGAUGCCAAUCUCCUCCUGCUGCAGGAGGCUGAGCAGAAACUGAAGGUCAUUGUGGCUGAUAAGUUGGAUGAAGCUGUGGCUGCCGUGGACCUGGCGCAGGUGGAGAGGUUUUUCAAGAUCUUCCCCUUGCUGGGCCUCCACGAGCAAGGCCUUGCCCGCUUUGGACAGUAUCUAUGCAGUCAGCUUGCUUCCAAAGCAGAAGAGAACCUGAUUUUAGCAACAGGAGGAGAUUUGGGCGAAAAAAGAGCUCCUCUCAUAUUCGCAGAUACGCUGACGUUAUUGCUCGAAGGCAUCGCUCGUGUUGUUGAGACCCAUCAGCCUAUCGUAGAGACCUAUUACGGUCCAGGCCACCUUUACACACUCAUCACUCACUUGCAGCAGGAGUGUGACCAACAGACCCAAAAGAUAGUUGACAAGUUCAUGCAGCAAAGAGGAUACCUCGGCAAAUUUCAGAUUGUCCAGAGCAGUAUGAUGAAAAGUGCGCCCGGGGAGCGGAUCGAGCCCAGAGAGUUGGACCCAGUAUUGGCCGAAGUCACUUUAAUGAAUGCGAGGGCAGAGCUUUACCUGCGAUUCUUGCGCCGACGUAUAAUGGCCGACUUUGAAGUGGGAGACCCGCAGAGCAUCACGCCAGAACAUAAUCAGAAUGUGGAGAAGCUGCUUAAACACUGCGUGCUAAGCAGGAACAUGCAGGAGCUUAUUGGAUACUACAUUCCAAUGGAGGAAUACUACAUGAGAGAGUCUGUCAACAAGGCGGUUACAAUGGACACAUAUGAGAAAGGUCUGCUGACAUCCAGCAUGGUGGAUGACUGUUUCUAUAUUGUAAAGAAGUGCAUCAGUCGAGCUCUCUCCAGCUCAAGCAUCGACUGCCUUUGCGCCAUGAUCAACCAUGCCAACUCGGUGCUCGAGUCCGACUUCAGGGAGGUGUUGUACAACAAGCUGAGGCAGGGUUUCCCUGCCACCACCCUGCAGGACAUCCAGCGCGGUGUCAGCAGUGCAGUCAGUCUGAUGCAGAGCAGCUUGCAGCAGGGCAAGUUCAACACAGAGUUCAACAUUGAGAGCGCUGAAAACGCCAAGGCUGCUUUUUUGGUAACUCUCAAUAAUGCCGAAGUGUGCAGUGAGAACAUCUCCACGUUAAAGAGGAACCUUGAGAAAGACUGCGCCAAGUUGUUCAGUCAAGGGUCGAGUUCCGGUGACCGAGCCAAGAUUGAGAGCUGCUUGUCCGACCUCGUCAGCACAUCUACAAAGUUUAAGGACCUUUUGCAGGAGGGCCUAACUGAGCUGAACACGACAGCCAUCAAGCCUCAAGUCAAACCCUGGAUCAGCGGCUUCCUGUCCAUCUCGCACAACAUAGAGGAGGAGGAGUUUAAUGACUACGAAGCAAACGACCCCUGGGUACAGCAGCUCAUUGUCAACUUGGAGCAGCUUAUGGCUGAGUUCAAGUCAACUCUCUCGCCUGUUAUCUACGACACGUUGACCAGCCUGAUGACCAGCCUGAUAGCCAUCGAGAUGGAGAAGACAGUUCUCAAGUGCUCAUUCAGCAGGCUGGGAGGCUUGCAGUUCGAUAAAGAGCUUCGUUCUCUCGUGGCCUAUCUCACCACAGUGACCACCUGGACCAUCAGGGACAAGUUUGCACGGCUCACGCAGAUGGCCACCAUCCUUAACCUGGAAAGGGUAACUGAGAUCUUGGACUACUGGGGGCCAAACUCAGGGCCCCUGACAUGGCGUCUGACUCCAGCGGAAGUGCGUCAGGUUCUUGCUCUUCGCAUUGACUUCCGGAGCGAGGAUAUCAAGAGGCUUCGACUGUGACGCGUCAAGCAACGGGACGCACUCUGUGAUGCGUAUUCACAAAGAUGAUACAGCGAGUCCAUGGCUCGCAGGAUGGCUGCCAAGCUCUGGAUGGUGUUGCUGUAGACCACGGGCUUAUACUGCUUCACGUCAUCCCCGGAGAAGCCAUCUUCAUGGAUAAUCCUGCAGGCGAGCACAGAUAUUAGCACAAGGAAAUGUCCCGUUCUGCCAUAUGUUACUGUUGGAUCUCAACUGGUUCUCUUCUUACCUCGGGGGAUAGAGAAAGAAAAAAAAACUGGUUCAAGUGAUUUACGCUAUCUCUGCAUUAUGUAGCAGAGUAAAAGACUGUAUUAUGCAGCGGACAUUUAUUAUUGUGCUAUUUAAGCAGUGUCUAAUGUAUGACUGGCAAUAAAG